CAGUAACGUAGUAGAGAUAUUUGUUUCUUUCCAGCCAAGCAUUCAUGGUUCACGGGAAGUAUAUAUUUUGGCUUAAUUACCAAAAAUAUCUUGAUUUUAUACCAUGUUUUUGUUGAUACAUACUACUGUUGCUUGUGAAGUUGUGAAUACCACAUGCAUGUAGCCUUUGUAGAGGAGCUUACGAGUUACGUCUAAAACGGCAGACCAAGAACAAAACGUCCUUCCAUCAAAUUCUAUCUGAUAGAGAAAUCGGCAACUUUGCCAUUUUGGCUAAGCGAAGUAAAUAUUUGUUAUUGCGUGGACAAAACCUAAAUCGACCCCAAAAAAAAAAAAAGGAAAAGCAUCAGCGCCGCUCUCGCUUCCGGCGAAAUUUGGAACAAGGAGAGAAGAUGAUGGCCGUACCAGAGGAUAAGGAGACGAUGGUGGCCGUGACAGAGGAGAGGGAGAAGACCAAACGGAGGAAAAAUUAUAGGGUUAAGAAAGAAUCCCAAUGUUCCAUCUUUCGAAGACGAGGACCAAUCCGUUUUGGACUUGAAAUCAUCUGUAAUGAGUAUUCUGAGCCUUGUACUCGCUUAGUCACCCUUUAUGCUAGGCUCGGCCUUCAUCGUUACAAUUUGCUCCAGGGGAAAAACUUACAGCUCAGUAGCGUAAUGAAAUACAACCAGUCCACGCAUUCUUCUGCUUGCCCUUACGACAUAACUUUGGAAGCCAUGAAUGAUCUCGCGCUUUUACCUUUUCAAACUACUGUUUAUGAAACAUCGUAUGGUAAAUUUGCUGUGUGGUGCAGUUUUGCUAGACCUCUAGGGGAAACCAAGAGACUCAGCAGCAGCAGCUCGUAUAAAAACUUCUUCCUCAUGGAUACCAUGCCUGAGUGGCCACCAGAGGAUCCUUUUGAACAUUCAGACCGAUAUUACGUGGUAAGCUCAUGA